GUGGAAGAAGAAGACAAACAGCUGGUGGGGCAGAGUUGCCAGAUGGUUUCAUAAAAUUGUUUGCGUUUUCCGGUAGUAUCGAAUACAAUUUGAAUUAACUUCCAUCUCUACUUCUCGCACAUGUUGAAAACAUAAAUAAAACAAUAAAGAAAUGCACAAACGACGAACUGCCAAGUCCAUAAACAAACCACCGCCAAUCCAGGGAGCUGUAAAGAAGACCACACCGGCUGCGGAACCUGAGAUCCCCGCGGACAUCCUCACCCAGUUCGAAGUGGAGCUCUGCUGGUGCGUGCACCAGUUGCAGGAUGCCCUCAGCGGGGGAAAACUGAGCCAGAAAGUGGCCGAGGACACCGCCAAGAACUUAAAGAUCCUCACCAGCCCGAAAGCCCCGCUCAUCCAGAAGCGCCAGGUGAUGAAACUGUCCCUGGGAGACUACCGAGCUAAAAUGCAGAAGGAGGAGCAGAAAAUGCAACUGGCCGCCAAGGAAAUUAAGUUUACUCCCACCAGUGAGACAGUCAAAAAGUCAAGCUUCGUUAAAAAGUCCGCGCUCCUCACAUCCGGAAGUGAUUUCCGCUUCAACUUUUCCGCACCCGCCGAAGGCUCAAAUGCCAAGGAGCCGCAACCAGCUCCUAAUGCCACGGAACGCGCUCCAGCUCCGAAGGCGCUGACCAAUUUUCAGAUGAGCUCCGGAAGCCCCUUCAAGUUUAACUUUACCAUCGACAAUGAUUCCGCUAAUGAUAUCAACUUCAGCGGGUUGAACUUAAACAAUUAGUUGCGAAUGAUCCAUUAUGGCAGACGACGGACUGAUGUUGUUCUUGUCACUACUUAUACAAAUAAAAGGUUUAUUAUAAAAAAUU